CCCCAAUGUUCUUGAUUUGGACAUUGAGUGUACCUACUCAGUCUACCUACUCCAUAAAAAAAAUUAAAAUGACAUUUCAGCUUCAUCUUCCACCUCCACCAGCUUUCCAAGCACGCCUCUCCCUCCCACUCUGAUCUCGUCGGCUCCCACCUCCACUUUCACUCCGACUCCGAUGAAGAGGGAUACAAAUAUCAUAGCAAAACUCUCUUAUUUUUCACUCUCACACGCCGUAAUCUCUUCGUGUAAAGAAACUCUGGAAACCUCAAAUCCCAGAAACUCAGAAACUCUGGGAACCCCAGUUCCUAGAAACUCAGUCUUAGCUGAAAAAUGGAGAACAAGCUUUAUUUGAACCAAAACCUCGCCCAAAACCUCGCCCAAGAAGAUGAGUAAUUGGAACACCGGAGUGGAAUUUCCUGUCGGUAACACCGCAGCUUCAACUUCCUCUUCUUUGGCUUUCAAUGUCGGUAACACCACCACCACCACCACCAAUUCUAACAAGAAAUUCCAAGACUUUCCUGGGCUUGAGGACGAUGAUCUUGUCUCCACCGUGGUUCCCACUGUAAUAGUUGUGCUAGAGGGUCGUUCCAUCUGCCAUCGCAUCAGCCUCCAUAACCAUGGUAGCUACCAAAGUCUGGCCAAAGCCCUACGCGAAAUGUUUGUGGAAAACGCUGGAGAGAUUGAUGAUUUUGAUCUUCCCAAUGUGAUUCCUGGCUACCUUAUUGCCUAUGAAGACAUGGAGAACGAUCUUCUUCUAGUCGGUGACCUUAGCUGGAAGGAUUUUGUACGUGUGGCAAAGAGAAUUCGUAUAAUUCCAACCAAGGCUAACUCAAGAAAAGGUUCAAUAGGAGCAACAUAAGCGAUGAUAACCUGCGACUAUGGUACAUGGGGGAUGUUUUGAGCAUGUAUAGGAAAAAAAACAU